UCCAUUUCUGAACUGAAGGGACGCCGCCGCUCUCGCGUAGAGUCCUCGCCUUUUUUAUAUACUCAUUUAAGUAAAUAAACUAGGUUAUCGGUCGUAAACUAGGACCGCUGCUUAAAGGUAGUGAGUGAAACAGCAGUUCUUGUUCAUCGUGCUAUGCUGUUUGAGUAGUGGCUGGAACUGUAGCUAGCAUUUUAUUCCCCAUUUUAACUUUUCUAAGCGGCGUUUUCCGCCGUUUUUUUUCUUUUCGCCGCCCCGCUCACUCUACCCCCUUGUGCGUGAGUAGGGCCCUGUACGUUUGGCCACGAGGCGCGUCGGUACAGUUGGAACAGGGCGAUGGCGGAGUUCGGUAACGGACUGGCGGAGGAAUCCCUACUAGAUUCAGACCCUGGACAUCCCGAGCUGGAAGACCCGGGUGUCGGUGACGAAGAACCGGGAUUAGAAGACGGAGAGGCCGCAAUUGAAGACCCGGAGCUUGAGGCAAUCAAAGCCCGGGUUAGAGAGAUGGAGGAAGAGGCAGAGAAGCUGAAGGAGCUCCAGAACGAGGUGGAGAAACAGAUGAAUCUCAGCCCCCCACCAGUCGGUCCAGUCAUCAUGUCCAUCGAGGAAAAGAUGGAAGCGGAUGGCAGAUCUAUUUAUGUCGGAAACGUGGACUACGGCGCCACGGCAGAAGAACUUGAAGCUCACUUUCAUGGCUGUGGUUCAGUAAACAGAGUCACCAUCCUAUGUGACAAAUACACAGGGCAUCCCAAAGGGUUUGCCUAUAUUGAGUUUGCAGACAAAGAGUCUGUUAGGACAGCCAUGGCAUUGGAUGAGUCCCUUUUCAGAGGAAGGCAGAUAAAGGUUGGCGCUAAGAGAACAAACAGACCAGGCAUCAGCACCACAGACCGCGGCUUUCCACGGGCUCGGUUCCGGUCACGGGGGGGAAGCUUUUCAUCGCGUGCACGCUACUACAGUGGCUACACGCCACCAAGAGGCAGAGGACGGGCCUUCAGGGGCCGAGGGCGAACAACAUCGUGGUAUUCCCCUUACUAAACACCCCCUCCCUCCAACAUUCCCUUACUAUCAACCCUCUCCCCUCUCUUUUCCAUUUAGAGAAAACACACACACAUACACGCACACGCAAUGAAAAAAUCCCGCCCCCCCCUCCCAACAAUAAAAGAAGAGAGUCCCAGAAGAGAGAAAAAAAGACAAAAAAGGAAAAAAAAAAACACCUCUCCUGGACAGAGACUGACUGGCCGCAGUGUGCGAUUGUGUGUGAGCGUGCGUGUGCGGAGGUUGAUGCAGUCCCCCCUGGUAAGGUAUCAGUUGGCCAUUGGGGAAAGAAUAUGGUGGCUGAUUUCUUUGUUUUUUUUGUUGGUUUUGAGGGGUGGGAGGGGGGGGAUGUAGGAGAAGAUGGUGGUAUCUCAGGCUGCAGAUGUGUCUCCUUUGGUCUGGCUGUGACUUCCUGCUUUCACACCAUCACCAACACAGCCCACUCACCCUCCACCACCACCAAAACAAGAAAAGAAAAGAAAAAAAAUGUGGGGGGAAAACGGCAACAAGAAGAUAUACUGUUUAUUUUUGUUUUUAAUGUACCGUACAUGUGAAAUUUCCACUAGCCAGAGUAUUUGUUGUGUUUUUAAGUUUGUGGUUUGGAGUAUAUCAUCUCCCCAUCCCUCCCUCAACCCCCUUUGUGUUCGCCGUUCUCUGCCUCUCACCCCUACCCUCGCUGCAUUUUAUAAAUCAUGCUUUUUCUCCCCCUGCCCCCACCCCACCUUCUUUGGCUCAUCAUACCAUGGAUUGUUCUCUGGCAGUGAUGGACCUUCAGUGUUCAGUGGGAUUAUACAUGCAUAGAAUCUUUUAUUUUAUUUUUUCUCUCGUGGGAGCAGGGUUCCUCCUGCUGCCACCUUCCUGCUGCUCCCAUACCUGUCACCUCCAACUCAGGCAUGGCCACAGCUCGUUUUAUUCUUUUGACGGACAUCAAUGUUUUUUAUUUCGUGCAACCCCUCCAUCUCCCCCCCCCCCCCCCACCCACCUGUUUUUCCCUCCCCUCUGUUCCUUGUCUCCUGUCUCUCCUCCUUCCCCUCCCCCCGUCCUCUCUCUGUAUAUUAGACCACUUCUUGUCGUUUCAGGUUUCAAGACCAGUGGAGGCUGACGACCCCUCCCCAGGUGGCGCAGGCCCCCCCCACUGUCUCCGCAGCGUCUCUCUCUCUCUCUGCUCCCGCUAUGCACACUCACCCCAUCCUGUCCGUGUGGGGGGGUGGGGGAGGGGGGCAAGGCGACCACAGGCCCGCUGCGGGGGGCAUUUACUACAACAGCAAACGCUGAUGAUGCUUUUAGUCCCUUCAACACACUCGCUCACAUACACAACAUACACACACACACACUGCUGCACACAGAACUUAACAGGCAGCCAAUCCAACACAUGAUUUAUAUACAGAGAGCUGAAGCCAACAUAGCUGAGUGGCAGGAAGGCAAGUUUGAGUGAGGAAGGCAGGACCAGAGACAAGGGUGUUUUUUGGGGUGUACAGUGCGGACCUUAAUGCGACCCCUUUCUCUGACUACGCGCAGUGCAGUCACGGCUUGUCUGAGGAAGGCUGAUAAGCUAACGGCAUUGAUUAAGUUAAUAAAUGGAGUGGGCCAGAGCUAUUAUGUUAGGGUUGGUAAAGUAAGGGUGGGGUUUGUGUGGGGACUUUUUUUCUUUUUUGAAAAGGGGGAGUGGGUUUGAACAAAUGUUCUGCUUUUUUAUUUUUAUUUUUAACCCAUGAGUCUGUAUUAGGGAAAAAAAAUAAAAUAAAGACAUUGUGUAAAAAUGA